AUGGCGCAGCUGCACGUCUCCGAACCCGCCGCCGCAGCGAGAAUACCCAAGCAUAUCAGCAACAACCUCCCCAGAUUCCAAACCAUCCCGAGAUCCUCAUUCAGCACUACGCUCCCAAGGCGACGCGCCUCGUUCAACAAUGUAUGGGAUGCGAAAAAGGCGAAAGCCGAACAAGCCGCAAAAGCAACGCAAACAUCCUCCGAUGAAAGAAGCAACAUCAACCGUCCAAGGAAACCACGUCCCAGGCGACCGACCAACGACGAAGACGGCAGCGAUCUGAACCCUCAAGAGCGGGAGCGCAAACACCAGCGUGAGCACUGGCAAAUCCAGAAAGAGGCCCUCAAAGAAAAGUUUCCCGAGGGCUGGAACCCGCGAAAGCGCCUGUCGCCGGACGCCAUCGCCGGCAUCAAGGCACUCCACGCGCAGUCCCCCGAGGAGUACACGACGACGAAGCUGUCGAGCAUGUUCGAGGUGUCGCCCGAGGCGAUCCGCAGGAUACUGAGGAGCAAGUGGCAGGCGUCGCCCGAGGAGGAGCAGGACAGGCAGGAGAGGUGGUUUCGCCGCGGCGUGAGCGUUUGGUCGAGGUACGCGGAGAUGGGCGUGAAGCCGCCGCGCAAGUGGCGGAGGGAGGGUGUUGCUAGGGACCCGGCGUAUCACGACAGGCGGAAGGCGGCGAUUGAGAAGAGAAAGGAGGAAGAGGCGGCGGAGGAUAAGGGAGAGAAGCUGCAGCGGAAGCUGGGGGGCAGCAUCAUGUGA